GGGGAUUGAAACACCUGAAUCACAUGAUAUGGAGGGGAUUGGAGCACCUGAAUCACAUGAUUGGGAGGGGAUUGGAACACCUGAAUCACAUGAUAUGGUGGGGAUUGGAGCACCUGAAUCACAUGAUAUGGAGGGGAUUGAAACACCUGAAUCACAUGAUAUGGAGGGGAUUGGAACACCUGAAUCACAUGAUUGGGAGGGGAUUGGAGCACCUGAAUCAUAUGAUAGGGAGGGGAUUGGAACACCCGAAUCAUAUGAUAGGGAGGGGAUUGGAACACCUGAAUCACAUGAUAGGGAGGGGAUUGGAGCACCAGAAUCACAUGAUUGGGAGGGGAUUGGAAACCUGAAUACACAUGAUAUGGAGGGGAUUGGAAAACACCUGAAUCACAUGAUAUGGAGG